GCUUUUGGCGUCACCCGGAGGCCCGUCCUCCCUGUCUGCCUCCGUGCCGGCUGCCCCCUCCGAAGCUCAGGGCCGCGGCCGGCUCUUCCCAGCGGGCCUACUCUGAGUAGGGCUGGGGCGAGGACCUUCCUGGUUGCCUGCCCGAGGGAGGAAGCUGCCUCAGGCGGCACUGUGAAAACCUGACCCCGCAGACUCCAUCCGCCCCCCGAUUCCGGCGGCGCAGGCCUGACCGGGCUGGGCGGGCUUUGGCGCGAGAGGCUGCGUUCCUCCUCGGGCUUGUGCCCUCGGCAGGCCCACCUAGCGCGAGGCCCCGUCCAUUCUGUGGGGAGCAGCUCAGCCUUCCCCAGCCCGGUGCCCACGAGGUGCACAACCCCCGCCAGCCCCAGCCGCAUGAGCCGUGCUGGCCGGAGCUGAUGGGGGCCGGACUCGUAGACGCCCGGAGAGCGCCACGCUGACAGUGCCGCGGUAGGGCUGCAUGACCGCCACCUCAGAUUUGAACUCACACAGCUUCAGUCAUGUCUAUUGGAGUACCAAUUAAAGUCCUGCAUGAAGCAGAGGGUCAUAUUGUGACCUGCGAGACAAACACCGGUGAAGUAUACCGGGGAAAACUCAUUGAAGCUGAGGACAACAUGAACUGCCAGAUGUCCAACAUCACAGUGACCUACAGAGAUGGGCGUGUGGCACAACUAGAGCAGGUGUACAUUCGAGGGAGCAAAAUACGAUUCCUCAUCUUACCAGAUAUGCUGAAAAAUGCUCCAAUGCUCAAGAGCAUGAAAAACAAAAACCAAGGCUCUGGGGCUGGGAGAGGCAAAGCUGCUAUUCUGAAAGCCCAGGUGGCUGCAAGAGGCAGAGGGCGUGGAAUGGGACGUGGCAACAUUUUUCAGAAGCGGCGGUAACUGGACAAAGCCUUUUCUCGGGGAACUUCAAAUUGUGUUCAGAGCAGUAGCGGUGAUGAUGUUUCCUUGCUAUUCAAUAAACGUGUUUCUUAGAAAA